AUGCGCCGCGCCUUCGUGGGGCUGUCGCUCCUUCUGCUGGCCGCGGAGCAAAGCGCGCGUUUCUGCACCACCCUCCAUUACUUCCUCGCUGGCCAGCUGCUGUGGGGCUGGGUGUCUCUGGCCUUGCUGCUGCCCACCUAUCUGGCUCAGGGCCUCAGCCUCCUUUGGUUCCAAGCAGACGGCCACCAACCUAGCAAGUCUCUGAUACUGAUCCACCUCUUGCAGCUUGGCAUCUGGAAGAGGUACGGGGAUGCUCUGCGGUCGGCCGUGAAGGACGGAGGAGGCCCCGGGGCGAAGGAGCUUGUGACGCAGCAGGGAGACCUUGCCGUUCUGCGCCUGCUGGAAGCUCUGGUGCAGACUCUGCCAAACCUCCUCCUGCGGGCCUCCUCAUGUGUAGUGAUGGAAUCCCAAGUUGUUGUCCCAGGCUUGAGUGCUGGGCUUAGCCUGCUCUCCUUCUGCUGGGCUUUGGCCUCCGACAGCCGCUUUACAUGGAUCGUCAAACCUGGUCACCUCUCUAUGCCUGGAGCUGCCUUCUUCUACCAGUUAUUAUGGAGGGCGGGGAUGAUCGGAAGCAGGGUCGUGACCUUGGUCCUUUUUGCAAGGGUUCAUCACCUCUGGGUUUUUGUUGCUGCAGGUGCCCACUGGCUUGUGAUGUCCUACUGGAUUGUGGCUCAGCAGACGGACAUCUUCUGAAAUCCCAGUAGCUGGAGAGUAUUCAAUUUCCUCACAGGAGCUGUAUACAUUUUUUGCUACGUCAGUUUUAAAGAUGGUCCCUCCCAUUAUAGAGUAACCAUGUAUUACAUCAUGAUGGCCUUGGAAAAUAUCCUUCUGCUGAUGAUGACAGGGGACUUCUUCCAGGGGAAUCAGCGGAGUGGCGUCUGGGUUAUGUCUGGAUUCCUUGUGGGUUCAGUCGCUCUGGUCACUUACUAUCGCUGGUUGCAUCCCAAAUCCACAGAAAUCUGUCAGCGCUUCCUAAAACGAUCAUGCAACAUGGGACCUAAGGACCGUAAAGGGAUUGGUGGAUCUGUCCUCCAAUCCACGAACCAAAUCAUCCGGAGCACUGGAAUUUCAGGUUUACUGGACCUCGAAGUGUUGAGUGCAGAACCGGCUGCUCCAUCUAUAGGAACACCGCACUGUUUGUCUUGGGCAGAACUUGGGAGUUGUGAAGAUGUCAAGGGUCCUUGGGAGAAUCACCACCACUGGCUCUUGGUAAAGCUGGCCUUGAGAACUGGAGACAUCUCCAAAAUAAACGCCGCUUUUGGAGACGGCGGAAUUGGUGAGUUGUAUCCUACAGCAGUGGAGAAACACAAGUCCUCCAUUGCCAAGGUUGGUCCCAGGAAGAAACUGAUCUUUUCUACAGUGGGGGGGAUUCCCUAUCAGUCCUAA